AUGUCAUCACCAAGACACGUGUCAAAGGAGCUAACUCAGAUCGGCGGCCUUCACGCCCACCGAGACCACACGAGCUGGGAUGUGUCAGGGACGUCGGACGUGGCUCUGCUCGUCACCGAUGCCGAAACGAAGGUCUGUUGCUCUCACAAUAGUGUAGAGGGUGCUGCGGCUGGUGUCAAGGCGUUUACUUUCGAGUCACGAUUGGCAAGACAAACGGAGGUCCUCGGCUGCUGGGGCAGCGGAGGCCGCUACUGGCACAGUGAGGUGCAGACGUCGCUUGGACCGCGCCGCAGUACCCUGUGCGUGCCCUACAGCUGCACACAGGCCGAUGUGGAAGCCGUGCUGGCGCCGAUUUGGUUCCAGAGGUUCAUCGGCGUCGAUGCCGUCACCAUUGAGAGGCUGACGGCCCAGGAGCUCUCGCACUGGGCUGACCUCCGGCUCGACUUCGCCAUUGUGGGGCUCGACGGUUGCGGCACCACGUCCUUGCGUCAUAAUCUGGCAAAGCAUCCGGAGAUCAACUUUACCCACCUGUCCGUCCACAACCAGGAUGAGGAUUUCUUUUUCAUGGAGAUGGGCCGACAGACCUUGCCUCUCAUGUCGCAGGUGCAGCGGCUCAAUGCGCAUCGGGACGCGAUGGUUGGGGUGAAGCGUCUCGGCAUCUACCAGCCCGUCAUGUGGCGUGAGGAAGUUCUGGAGUUCGUGUUCAGUUUGAUUCCGGACAUGCGAAUCGUUCUGGCCGUGUGCGACCCGGUGGAUCGCUUCGAGAGGAAGCUUCACUUGGAGCACGACGCCAACCCUGCAGAACUAAAGGAGCUGAUGGCUCGCAAGUUGGAGGACAAGACUGGGUAUUUGCGCUUCGCCACAGCCCUGGCUUCCAUGAAGAGAUCCUUCGGCGAUCACCUGCUCGUCCUGGAGAAGGACGAACUCAAUGACCCUGAGACCUUUGAGCGUGCAGCCCGUUUCCUGGACUUGGCGUCUUUUCCCUCUCGUGCGCGGCUCAAGCGCUACAACUCCCGCGGACGGCACAGAACACCUGUGUGUUCGCAGCCAUCGCUGAUCGACGCAGUGAAGGACGUGAUGUCACCGGAGUACCAAGUCUUGGAGGCCCUGCUGCCACGACCAUCGGAAAGGCUCCGGCGGCGCCUCACGCGCUGCGAGUCACCGGACGGCUUCGAAGAGGAGAACCUGAAGCUGCUGCGCUGGCGCGAUAGCUGGUACAAAAAGCAAGGGCUGGCCUCAACUUGCGCAGGGUUCAGCAGAAGAUGUUCGUGUUCAGGAUUGCAGGUACAUUCGUCAGAGCUGCAUUGA